AUGGAUUCUAUUUACCAACCAAUAUCUGAGCCGGAUGAGGCCGUCAAUGUCAAAUGCGAUAUGUGUUCUAAGAUCAUGGAGUUUUUUGAACAUCCCUUGAGCCUGUCUCAUCAGGUCACAUUGGGAAAAGUUGGGGAUUUACUCCAGAGUGACUGCCCCCACGUCAAGUGGCUCAGAGAUUUGAAAUACAUGUAUGGUAUCGUGCCCCAUUACAAGACCCGACAGCUGCGGUUGGAUAGGGAGCAGAAUUACAGGGCUGCGUCGUUUGGGGUAACCUACCUUACCAAAACCAGCCAUACCUGGAGUACGACUCGACCUUUUGAACUGGUAUUUCGACCUGAAAUAUCAAAUCACCCAGGUACAUCCAGGAUAUUGGACAGCAAUUGGAUCAACAUGGAUCUUGUGAAGGAGUGGCGAACACGCUGCAUAGAGACCCAUUCGGAUAAAUGCGACAAGACGAUUGGAAGCCUGACACUCUUCAAACCACAACUUUUAAUAGAUGUGGCGAGAUACUGCAUUGUAUCAUGCACUGAGGACUUUCCUAGGUAUCUGGCUUUGUCAUAUACCUGGGGACAGACUAAAAGCUUUCGGACGACCAGGUCAACCAUCGAGCAGCUAAAAGCUCCAGGGUCGCUGAAGCUUCCUCAUAUCGCCUCACAGAUCCCGAAAACUAUCAAACAUGCUGUUGAACUUACUCAAGCCUUGGGUGAAAAAUGGCUGUGGGUUGACAGCUUAUGCGUCGUCCAGGAUGACGAGGUUGCCCUGAGCCACGAGUUGAAGCAAAUGCACCGAAUAUAUGCCAGCUCAUUCCUCACCAUUAUCGCAAAGGACGGCAAUGAUGCAGACUACGGACUUAGAGGUCUAUAUGGGAUAUCUGAAGCGAGAUCAACCGAACAGUCGACCGUGCCUCUAGCCCGAAAUGAGAGACUAUCAUUCAUGGACACUGAUCUCCCGACGCCAAGUCACAACAUAUCUGGUUAUGGGAAUAGAAUGUGGACGUGCCAGGAGCAAGUCUUCUCCAAGCGAUGUCUGACUUUCGAAUCCGGGUAUGUGACAUGGCAAUGUAACUGCGCAAAUUGGACCGAACAUCAGAUAUACCAUCCCGAAGCGGAUCAAUUUCGGUACGGGCAACUACACCAGUUCAGAGAGUUGAUGAAACCACAGGUGCCGGCGCUGAAUAAACUUACAAAUCUCAUUCAGCAUUUCAAUAAACGCAACUUGAAUUUCGAUGAAGAUGUUUUCGAUGCAUUCUCUGGUUUUCAUACCCACCUGAAUGGCCUCUAUCCAUCAGGACUAGUUUUCGGCCAUCCUGAGCUUUACUUUGAUAUCUCUCUUUGCUGGUACAUCACGCAGUAUUCUUCUUUCCGCAGGCGAACACCGGCACGUCAAAAUAGUAUCAGCUUGCUACGCCGUCGAUUGCCUAGCUGGUCGUGGAUGGGAUGGCAGGGUGACUCCAUGUUCCCAUUUGAUCCGGAAUUCGAGUCUGUCGCUUCUUUCGACCGCGGGUUUACUGAAUCUAUAACACAAUUCUACAUCAUUGGGUCUCCAGAUGAUAAAACAAGAAACAUGGUUGAUUGCAACUGGUCGCAGUUGAGAAAAACUGCUGCAGACGAUGUGCCGAUCGGCUGGAAGCGAACUGAGUAUAAACCGCCUAGCCACUGGAAUACCGACUUCUACACGACUAAAUACGGUCCAGAGGUCAACCCCCAGUCUAUGCCUAAAUACUUACCAAAGUAUCUCUAUACACAAGUCUUGGGGGCGACAAGCCACCACAGCUAUACUGGUACCCGGUCCCCGUGGUAG